AUGAAGACCUAUGGAAUGGAAUAUUCCUUUUGCCAGUUCAGCAUUGACCUCACUGCAGAUGCAACUACAAGUAAUGCCGGCGUCAAUAGUGAAAACUUGCCGCAAAAAGAAGAUGACAGCAACUUCUCACUGAUCACCUGGAACAUUGAUGGGCUGGAUCUAGGAAAUCUGAAAGAUCGAGCUAGAGGAGUCUGUACAUACCUGGCAUUAUACAGUCCGGAUGUUGUGUUUUUACAGGAGGUCAUCCCACCAUAUCUCUCUCUUCUCCAGAUGAAAGCAGGCAAUUAUACUAUUAUUCCAGGUAACGUAGAUGACUAUUUCACUGCUGUAAUGUUAAAGAAAUCGAGAGUGAAGCUACUGAAACAUGAGAUAAUACCUUUUCCAACAACUGCCAUGAAGAGGAACCUUUUGGUUGUGCAUGUGAGCAUAUCUGGUAUUGAACUUUGCCUUAUGACCUCUCAUCUGGAGAGCACUAAAGAUCACUCCAAGGAACGUAUAAAGCAGCUGCAGAUAGUGUUAAACGAAAUGAAGAAGGAGUCUGAGACAACCACUGUUAUAUUUGGAGGGGAUACAAACCUCAGAGACAGCGAGGUUACUAAACUUGGUAGUCUGCCUGACAGCAUUAAGGAUGUCUGGGAGUUUUUGGGUAAACCCCAGCACUGCCGCUACACUUGGGACACGCAGUCCAACACCAACCUGAAUGCAGCCUACAAGUGCAAGAUGCGGUUUGACCGGAUUUACUUUCGGCCUGCGUCCGAAGGGGGACAUUUCAUUCCACGAAGCAUGGACUUGAUUGGUUUGGAAAAACUGGAAUGUGGCAGAUUUCCUAGUGAUCACUGGGGCAUUCUGUGCAAUUUUGAUGUUGUAUUAUGA